UUGCAUGACACGUGACAUAUCCGGCAUCUCCCCGCUGAGUGGCGUCCUGUCUCCGAUGCGUUAGCCUGCUUUUUUGUCUCCAGACGCUUCAGAAACGGCAGAGUCUCAUCCGGGAAAACCAGCUCUACAUCACGUCCAAGAUCCGUCAUGAAUUUCUUCGUGGAGACCAUGCAGGUCCUCCUGCUGUCCAUCUGGUACAACGUGGAAUCUUUCAUCCACCUCUUCGUGCCUAUAAGAAAGAAGAACAUCGCCGGGGAGGUGGUGCUGAUCACGGGCUCCGGUAGCGGGAUCGGCCGCCUCAUGGCUCAGGAGUUCGCGGCUCUCGACACCGUGCUGGUGUUGUGGGACAUCAACCAAGAGGGCAUGAAGGAGACGGCCAGGCUGGCCAAGCAGAGCGGCGCCAGCAGAGUCCACCACUACCUGUGUGACUGCAGCGACAAGAACGAGGUGUACAGAGUGGCCGACCAGGUUAAGAGAGAGGUCGGGGACGUCACCAUUCUGGUGAACAACGCAGGCAUCGUCACGGGAAAGAAGUUCAUGGACGCCCCCGACUCCCUGAUCGAGAAAACGAUGGAGGUCAACACCAUGGCUCACUUCUGGACCUACAAGGCCUUCCUUCCUGCCAUGAUCGCCAACAAUCACGGCCAUCUUGUCAGCAUUUCCAGCUCUGCUGGACUAAUCGGAGUCAAUGGAUUGGCAGACUACUGUGCCAGUAAGUUUGCAGCCGUAGGCUUUGCUGAGUCUGUGGGUCUGGAGCUGCUGGCCACUGGGAAGGACGGCAUCAAGACCACCAUCGUGUGCCCAUACUUCAUCAACACCGGCAUGUUCGAUGGAUGUCAGACCAAGUGGCCAACACUGCUGCCGAUCCUAAAUCCAGAGUACGUGGCCAAGAAGAUCAUUAACGCUGUGCUCACAGACCAGGUCUUCCUGCUCCUGCCCAAGACCAUGUACCUCAUCACCGCUCUCAAGAACGUCCUGCCCAUGAAGCAGGGCAUUCUGCUGGGCCAGUACCUGGGAGCCUUCAACCUCAUGGACACAUUCAAGGGACGCUCCAAAAAACAGGAGUGAUUGAAGAGGAGCGGAGAGAACGAGAAGAAGUAGUCGGGGGUGACUGGAAUGGAAAGGCGCAUUUUUUAAUCUUCCCAGAAUAAUAUUGCAAUCAGCGCAGAACAGCAGUUGCCAAAGAGUGGAUUGGGUUUGAAGACUCUUUCAUUUCAACGGCUUGAAUACAAGCGUUAAACGCAAAUUUGUCUCUGCAGCUCACAAUGUAUAGGCUAAUCCAUAUUUUAUUGCUCUUAAUGUAUUUGUGUUUUAUUGACAUUAUGAUUUGAUGAUUGACACGUUAUUUUAUGAGAAACAGUGGCUGGAUAGACAAUAUUAUUGGUUUGAAGGUCAGCCGGCCAGCUAUCAUAACUGCCACUACUUGUUGCUUUGUGGUUAGCCUUCCAACCACAGGAGCUGUAAGCAGAGCCUCGGGGACAAGUGCUUCAUACCGGGGACACAUGGAAACAAUACAACAGGGAUCUCAGCUAGAAAGAGGAUACGUGCUGUUGGUCUCUUCUGUUCAUGCCUGGAAUAACCACGGCAGUCUAGUCUAACUAUACAGGAUGUACUGAAAUCAGAAAAUACUAAAUUCCAGCAAUGAUUAAUAUCUAUCGUACAACAAUUACAAGGCUAUGAGCAAAUGAUUGCUAACAUUAAGCUAACAACAAACCAUGAGGUGUUUAGACGUUUAAAUGAAGGAAAACCACUAGACAGAAUAAUAAUUCAGUGUUUUUCUGUCCACAUCAUUUCAAAUGAAAAAAACCCAGGCGACUAUAUUCAGUGACCAGUGAAUUAAAAGAUAUCUUUUACCUUACUUUGUGAAGAUUUUACCAUUUAAAUGUACCCACUGAUACAUAAGCUCUAACAGCUAGCAUUGUAAUAGCUAGCAUGGUAAUAGCUAGCAUUGUACUAGCAUGCUGCAGCUAGCUGUGGGGAGUGGAGACGCCUCUGCUUUUCUUGUUUCCUGCACGUAGUAGGACAGCUUUAAAAUAUGCACAUAUAUAUAUAUAUGCAACUCAAUGGCCGUUGAACUUCAGUUCUGUCGGCUAACUCUUGAUCCUGAGUCAUUUGGCUGAUGCUGGCUAAACUUAGCUAAUGUUAGCUAAUGUUAGCUAAAGCAAGUUUGAAAAGCUUGCGGCUCUUUGCGUGUGCUGUGUCGUCCCUGCAUGAAGUAAGAGACCUCACAGGGAGCCGGUCUGUGAGACGCCCGCUCCCAUAACCACUGUGGAUGAAAACACAUUUGCACUCAGAAAUGUUCAUUUACACAUUAGUUUUCCGGUCACUUACCAACAUGCAACCCUCAGUUUGUUAUGAUAUUAUGAAGGACAUAAUAUAUUUGAGUACAUAAACUGUAUUUUAAUUACCAAUGUUCCACUAUUAAUAUGUGAUAUGUAACUGAUUGCCAUCAUUUGUAGUUGAUGUUUUUAUAUAACACAACCUCUGUAAAAGUCUUUUAAGAUGCUCAUGUUUGUAUAUGGAAUAGAUUUGAAUGAAGACCACUUCUGUUGCCUUAAUCAUGCAAACCACUCAAUGUCACAAGGAGACAUGAAUCUGAAGGUAUGUUUGUUUCCGGAGCUGCUUCAUACAGCUUCAGUGAAUUAUCAAUAAAUUCCCAUUUCAAAUGUGUCA